AUGAAUGGAAUAUUGUCUAAGAAAAAGUUUCUCGUCGGGGUGGUUUGUAAGUUCUUUUAAAAAUUUUUAAAAUUUUAAAAUUAGAAAUUGUUUUUCAGUUUUUAGGACUGGCGGGUAGAAAAAAACUUGGGCCAAGCCAUUUUUUAGUCGGGCUCUUAAAGACAAUGUGUACCUAAGCCUUAGAAAUUGUACAUAAGCCUAACAAGGUGUACCUAAGCCUAAAAGCUCUUUCCUAAGCAUAAAAAUAUGUACCUAAGCCUAAAAGUUUUUUUCUGGGCCUAAAAUGUGUAUCUAGGCCUAAAAAUGGGAACUUAAGCCUAGAAGUUCCUUCCAAAGUUUAAAAAUGUGUACCUAAGCCUAAAAGUCCCUUCUUAAGCUUAAAAUGCGUACCUAGACCUAAAAGUAACUAAGCCUAGAAUAUGUACCUAUGCUUAAAAUGUGUACCUUAAUUUAAAAACGUGUACCUAAGCCUAAAAGUUCCUUCUUAAACCUAAAAAUGUAAACCUAAGCCUAAAAAUGAAAAAUUGAGGCAAUCUUUGAAAUUUUUCAUCAAUUUACUUUCAUAUACAUUACAUAUUAUCAGUUAUCAUCACUCUAACCAUAUUACUAAUCCGAGACAAUAUAAACAACCAUGUAACUAUCUACAUGUUGAACUAUGUACCUCAACACUUAACCACUGAUGAGUUUGAAAAGUUGUUUCAAAUGAAAACGGUCAAGCUGAAGAUAGGUGAAACUCAACUUUCGUAUGAUAUGACUGUUCCUUAUGAUACGAACGAAUGUGACAAUGUGGAAAUGGUGGUUUAUGUUAUGACAAUGGUCGAUAAUUAUUCCUUUCGACGGCGACAGAAUAUUCGAGAGAUUAUCAGCAAAACGGUAGGGGUUUUUUUAAAAAUUUAAGCCUAAAAAUGUAUACUCAAGUCUAAGAGUUCUUUUCUAAGCCUAUAAAGGUGUACCUAAGCCUAAAAAUGUGCACUUAGGCCAAAAAAGAUUUAAAAAUCAAAUUAAAAAAAUUUUUAAUUUCCAGACAAACCGCACCGUGCUGUUCCGCUUCUUCUUAGGUCGUUCCGAAGACAUGAAUCUGCAAACGAUUGUUCCAGAAAUAAUGGCAUUCAAGGACAUUGUCUACUACACUCACAACGAGACUUACCGUGAAAACUAUGUCAAAUGGUACAGUAUGCAUGAUUACCAUAUGACAUACUGUCCGAAUGUAAAAUAUUUUGUGAAAAUGGACGAUGAUGUCACGGCUGAUUAUGGUCGAGUGUUUAGUUGGAUCGAUGAAGGUUUUAAUGGGUUAAUAGGUAACAAAAGUGAAUACUUUUUGUGUCAUGGCAUGUACAACUUUUGGCCUAUUCGGAAUAAACAUAGUCGGUGGUAAGCAAUUUGCUUUUUAUUUUUGGAAUUUUUAAAAAUUUGAUUUAUUAUGGCGUUAAAAAAGUUUUGUCGUUUUAUAGUAUGGGAAUCAACGUAAAUCGACGAAAAAACUUUUUUUUGCGUUAAUAAAUUUUUUUAUCAAAAAAUUUUAAAAAAUCUUAAGACUUUAAAAAAAAAUUUAUUUUCAUACCUAAACUUAUCUAAAUUUAUACCUAAACAUCCAAAAACCUUAUUUUAGGUACAUUCCAAUAGAAGAGUUCAGUGAAAACCGAUGGCCCGACUACUGUUUUGGCUACUUCAUUCUAACCACUAAUGACACAAUCAAAACCAUAACCAAAGCGAUGAGAAAUGUCAAUUUGGUACACAUGGACGACUGUUUCAUAACUGGUAUAGUACGGCGUGAGACGACGGUUCCUCUACUUAACUGGAGUGGCAUUUGUUCCAAUCCCAAUGAAAUUGACUACACCAAAUGCUCAAAGGAUAACACAAUACCAUGGCCUAUUGCUCUGCAUAAUACGAAGACUAAGAGCUUGGUGGAGAAGUGGCUUAACACUAUGCAUGAUAUAAAAUGUCCGUUACUUGAGUAA